AUGGGGAAUAAGAAGAAACGAUCGGCGAAAAUGGCAACGAACGAGGGUCACAGCUCUGGUGUUCCAUUCGAAACGUCGGAUCGGAUAGUCCCAAUGGAUCAGAGAAACAAUCAGUCUGGAGACUUAUUCGAAGUGAAACAGGAAACCGACAUCAAGCAAGAGCCGUUGUCCGUCGACGAAUUGGUUGAGGUGUCAGCAUCGAAUUAUCGUGACAUUCAAAAUCCACCUGUAUGCAAUGGCAGUGGCGAUGAAUACGAUUUUGAUUGGUCAAGUCUGUCGGAGGUUAAAGCUGAGGCAAAGAAGGAAGAAAAAGAGUCGAAAACAAGUGGUGACACUGGAAGCGAUGCGUCAGAAAAGCAACAAAAUCAACAGUCACUACCAGAAGAUGAAUCAAAUGUGGUCGCAGAAAAUGAUGCAAACAACACCCAGAAACAAGGUGGCAAAGCACAAGGAAAUUCAUCGAAGCGACACAAGUGUGAUUUUUGCAAUUAUUCGGCUCAAUGUGGUCCAAAGAAAACUCAAUUGAUUCAUCAUAUGCGCAGCCACUCUGGUGAAAAACCGUUUGAAUGUCAACGUUGUUUUAAACGAUUCCAACGGAAAGACGGUCUCAAUCGGCACAUUCGAUCGUAUACGAAGAAUCUCCCGUUCGAGUGUUCGAUUUGUCGUCAAGGUUUCUCGAAGCAAAUUCAAUCGAAAGCGCAUGAAAAGGGCGGCAAUCAACGUUAUUAUGAGUGUCAUUUGUGCAAUAAGUUUUUUGGUUCAAAGAAAACACAUUUGAAAAGGCAUAUGCGAACGCAUUCAGUCGAAAAACCGUUACAGUGUGAGCUACGAGUAGCAACUGAAGUAGAGUUCAAUGAAAAACCAUUUGAGCCAGCAAAUUCAGACAAAGUAAUGAUCGAAUCAGGCAAUCAGUCGGAUGAUUGCGUUGACGUCAAAGAUGAACGACAAAUCAAGGAAGAGCCACAGUCAGUCGUUGAAUUAGUUGAUGUUCCUGCUUCGGUAUGGAAUAAUUGUGGCGUUGUACACACAAUUGAUGUCAAUCAACCGAAUGGUGAAUACGAGUUUGACAGUCUCAAUUGCGACGAUAUCAAAAUCAAAGUAAAGGAAGAAACCGACAAGAAAGAGGAAAAACAAUCGAAGACAAAUUUUGAUUCAGCGAAUGAUUCAAUGGGAAUGAUGUACGAUCAUAAGCAGCUAGCACCACUGAACGACGAACACUUCUUACUGCCCGAGAAAGGCCAUGAAUCGUGCAACAAAAACAUUCGCUAUGCAAUUGGUGGUCUGAAAAAUGUGUCGAAGAAGCAUAAAUGUAACUUGCGAGCUACUGAAACAGCAUUGAAUCAAGGCCAUCAUUCUAAUGCAUCAGUCGAAUCGAUGAACUCAGAAAUAGAUAUGGUCGAAGCUGUUAGUCAGUUAAACAAUCCAGUUGAAGUCAAAGUGGAGCCACAAAUCAAGGAAGAGCCAAAGCCAGUCUGUGAAUUGGUUGAUGUUCCCAAUCCGGUAUUGAAUAAUCGUGGCUUUGUGCUCGCACUAAGCGUCGAUCAAUCGAAUGACGAAUACGAUUUCGACAGUCUCGAUAGCGACGACGUUGAAAUCGAACAGCCGCCACCACAGAACGAAAACGACGACGGCAUUUUACUGCCAGAAGGAUGCCAUGGCUCCCGCAACGCAAAUGUUCGUAAUGCAGCUGAUGAUCCGAAAAAUGUGUCAAAGAAGCAUAAAUGCAAUUGCGAAUACGCCUCCAACCGAAGCUUUGACCUAAAGAUGCACAUGAUCAAACACACUGGUGAAAAGCCACAUGCGUGCGAUUUCUGUCCGAAACGUUUUACGGCCAAGCAAAAUCUCCAUGCACAUAUGAAAGCUCACGUAGGAGAGUUUCUAUUCCAUUGCACGGGCUGUUUGCAAGGAUUUGAUGGAAAAGACGAAAAAGUUGCACACGAAAUGAAUUGCAAGGUGCGUCGAUAUGAAUGUCACUUGUGCAACCAAUCAUUUGGAUCAAUGAAAGCGAAUUUGGUUCACCACACGCGUGUGCGCAGCGGUGACACUCCAUUCGAAUGUAAAGAAUGUUCGCAUCAGUUCACAAAGAAAAAAAUUUGGAAAGAACCUCAUCAUUUGGAAAAUGUUGGAAUGAAAGAGAUUUUGAGUGAAGGAAGUGGUUUAAAAAUGCCAGUUUUAGCAGAUGGACAAAACUUUAGCACUGGUCAACGUCAAAUUCUGUGUUUGGCCCGUGCCAUUCUGCGGAAUAGCUGA